GAAAAGUAUAUAGGUGUAUGCUUACUCCCUAAUAUAUUUUACCUUUUUAGUGUUUAUGUGUGUAUCUGUACACUCAUUUUAAUCACGUACAACCGUAAAACCGGUUUUGCGCAAAAAUAUCCGAGAUACACAGUUACUGAAAGUAAAUAAACUUAAAGUGAAAAUACAGCAUUUAAACUGUCUUAAAACUUUAAAUUUAUGGAUGUGUCUUUAGUACGUAUUACUAGUAUAUUUCUGUAGUGUCUUGAAUGGUAUGAGGAGAGUGUAAAUCCGAUUUAUGUAAAAUUAGGCUUACGUAAGGGUUUGUGAAACGGAUUAGUUACGUCAGUCGAGAACUGCCUACAGGCAGCCCCGGACUUACGUAAAUCCGCACUUACGCAAAAACAUCCGAAAUACAUAGAGCUCACGGAAGCGCCAAAACGAAAAAGGACACAGACCGUCCGAGGCUGGGCCGUACUCCAUAAAAACGACAGUUCUCGGUAAACGCUGCGUCUUUUCCGUUGUUUGCACUUAUUUUCUGAUAUUGCGCAACUAUGGGUGGCAGUAAGCGCCUUAAUGAACGUAAAAGUGAAUCAGUUCGUAAACGUACAGUGAUUGAUUUAGAAUUGAAAAUGAAAAUCAUCCGGAAAUAUGAAGGUGGACAAAGCUUAUCAGCGAUUGCACGUGAAUUCGGCUUAGCUGUUUCAACCAUAAACACUAUAGUGAAGGAUGCUGCCCGUAUAAAACAGCAUGUGAGAAGAGCGGCAUGUUUGAAGUCGACGAUAAUAACGAAGAAACGUGAAGGUGCAAUUAGUGAGAUGGAGAAACUACUAACAUUAUGGAUAGAAGACCAAAUCCAGAAACGUAUUCCGCUAAGCCUAGUCACCAUACAAGCAAAGGCAAGAAGCCUCUUCGAUGACCUUAGGGAAAAAUAUCCGGAAGGCACGCAAUCAUUUACUGCGAGCAGUGGCUGGUUCGCGCGGUUUAAAAAGCGUGCAGGUUUCCAUAAUGUUAAAGUGAACGGGGAGACUGCCGGUGCCGAGCAAGCGCGACACUUCCCCGACUGGCUGCACAAAAUCAUCGAGGAAGGUCCGUACUCUUCCGAACAGGUUUUUAACGCGGAUCAGACAGCUUUAUUUUGGAAAAAAAUGCCGUCGCGCACAUAUAUAUCGAAACAGGAAAACACUGCGCCUGGAUAUAAAGCCUCAAAUGAUAGGCUUACUCUAUUGCUGGGCGGAAAUGCAUCGGGAACCUGUAAACUAAAACCACUUCUGGGUUACCCGUGUGAAAACCCGCGAGCUUUAAAGGGGGUCAGCAAGGCGACUCUGCCGGUGCAUUAUCGCUCCAAUAGCAAUGCCUGGAUCACCGUCCCAGUAUUUGAGGAUUGGUUUGUCAGUUGUUUCAUUCCUGAAGUAGAAAAAUAUUGCAAAGAAAAUGACGUUCCCUUCAAGAUUAUGCUUAUUCUGGAUAAUGCUCCUGGUCAUCCAGCCGACCUGGACGAUUUCCACCCAAACGUCAAGGUUGUUUACCUCCCUCCGAAUAUUGCAUCAUUAAUACAGCCCAUGGAUCAAGGCGUGAUUGCAAACUUAAAGGCCUAUUAUUUAUGCGCAACUUUUGCUCAGGCAGUGGCGGCAAUAGAUGAAAAUCUGGAUACAACAUUCGUUGACUUUUGGAAAUCGUACAAUAUUUAUCACGCUAUUCGGAAUAUUGAAAAGGCAUGGGCGGAGGUUUCACAAGCAUGCAUGAACAACGUCUGGAAGAAACUUUGUCCAUGGUUUGUCAGCGACUUCAGGGGCUUGGAAGAGGACGAGACUUUCGAUGAAGUGGGUGAAAAAAUUGUCCAGCUUGGCAAGCAGUUGCAGCUGGAAGUGAGUAAAGAGGACGUGGAAGAACUGAUUGAGUCGCAUAAUAAUGAAUUAUCUAAUGCAGAUCUCAUGGAGUUGGAAGCUGCACGAGUUGCAGAAGAUGAAAGGAGCGAAGACGCGGAACCUGAAGUUGAACCAAAACGGUUCACGGCAAAAGAGAUGACAGUUGCUUUUAGGGAACUGAAUUCAUGUUUGGCUAGGUUUGAGAAAAUGGAUCCGAAUACGUCUCGAUUCCUAAAAGUGCAAAGAAUGGUAGAAGAUACCUUUUCUUGCUAUCGGGAGAUAUAUGAAGAAAAGAAAAAAGCUGUAUCUGUUUUUCGUACCUCUUCUAAGCCUGGAAUGACUUACCCCGUGCACGUUGGUCAGCCCUGCUAACGUUUCUGUGCCGAAAGGGAAGCACUUAUGUCAGCACACAGCACACAUUCACAAUAAUUUACCCCUGGAUGGAUGGAACGGAAUUCCAGCUUUCGCUUGCUGCAGCACGUUUGUGCGUAUCAGCACUCUUCUCCAGUGUCCUGAUUGUUUGUGAAUGAUGCAUUUAGUAACAGGGUAUCGCAGUGUAUAGUUAUUGUAUUUUUGUGUUUUAAAAAAUCUACCGAAAUCAUUCUCUGUACAGCAGUGCUAUUGUAAUUAUGAUAAUUGAUAAUUAAUUUUCCCAGUGUAUAAACCUCCUGUGAAAUAUAAAUCGACAGACUGUAAAAAUAUCCAUCUAACCAGCCGUUUGUUUGAAUUCAGGUAAUAUAUAUAGUAUACUUACCAGCCUGGAUGACCCCAAAAGAACACAAAGUAGAUAUUCUGUAUAAAAACAAUGACUAAAUUAUUUUCAGAGCUGUGCAUGUAUUUUCCAUACAUUUUUACGUAACUGGCAUUUCAAUUUGUCUUUGUAUUUUGUCACUCUUUGUUAUAAGAAAUUUGCAGACAAGUAAUAGCAUCAUAGCCCAUGUGUCCUGUUUUCCUAAGUAGGUUCUUGAUUUUGUCAGCAGAGGGCAGUAUAGGCCCAAUGUACAGCUUUGGAAAAAAAUGAAUAUUUUGUGAACGUUUGUACAGCAUUAAACUUUGUUUCAACAUUUU